GGAAAACCUCAACAAACAAGUCAAAGAAAGCCGUAAUUAUUUCCAGUAGCUCGUGUUCAUUUUCCGUGUUGUCAUUCGUCGUGUCUAUGUGCGGUAUAAUCAUAUGAGUAUUACAUACAUCGAUCGUGCUAACAACUGAAGCCAUAUACAUGGGCAGUGUCACAUGCGUACUGAAGGUUUGACGUUGAUGUUCAAGUAAGAAUGGAAAUGAAGCAAACUGCUGCAACAAGCGACACAGAUCGGGAGAAUGCGACGACUAACCGCAUCUUUACUGCAGCAAAAUCUGGCAAUUUGGAUGAAUUGCGAGACCAUUUGGACGCGGAUUCCAGUAGGAUUAACGCUACAAACAGCAAUGGAUUGUCACCGCUCUAUUUAGCCGUGAAAGGGGGCAGUCUGUCAUGUGUUAAACUUCUCGUCUCGAAAAACGCAGAUGUGAAUAUGAUGGCUAGAUCAAGCCUGGUUGUGACAGGACCGUCGGAGGAUGCGUGGACGUUAGCUUACUCUGAGUGUGCAUUAUCACCAUUCCUUCUUGCCUGUCGACUCGGCCACCAGUCUGUAGUCGAGUUCCUGUUCUACAACGGUGCUGAUCUACGCCAGACCAGUGCCGAUGAUGAUCGCAAUUGCUUAUCCUUGGCCAUCAUGUAUAACCGGGAGGAUACUUCGAAGUUUUUGGUGACGCAUACCGAUUUCGAUACACUCUUGGUCCUUAUGAAGACGAAGUCACAUGACCUCACUUUGGGCCUGGGACGUCGAGCAUUCAAAACGUCUACGCCUAUGAGACAGCUGAUACAAUACAUGCCUGAUGUAGCUGAGAUCGUAAUGGAUAGAUGCAUCACAUUAAAUGAAAAUGGCGAUGAAGUCAAGUGCUACCUGGAACUUCUCGAUGAUUACUUUUCUCCUUGGGCACAGCAGAACAAAUAUACCAAUGAUGUCUUUGAUGACGAUGGAAACUUACUAGUGAAUGCUCAACCAAAUCGUACUCACAUAGAAAAUGACAAUACUGAUGUCUUUGACGACGACGGAAAGCUAUGCGUGGACAUUGAACAGAAUCAUACUAAAAUAAGAAAUGGUAAUCACCCCUUGGCCCUUAUGCAAGAACAGGUGCGCCACGUCCAUCUUCUGACCCAUCCUCUCUCCAUCAAGCUCAUCGAACACAAAUGGCGAGUCUUUGGAUUCGCAUUGAACUUGGUCUCUCUCCUUGUGUAUCUCAUCUUUCUAAUUUUUCUCACUGGAUACGUGUUGGUGAAUCCCCCUUCUUUUUACUUCACGUUCUACAAUGACACCCACGUCGAUUGGGUCUACGAUCCGAGCAAGCUGUUACCUGAUGAAACGUAUUCUGAAGCUGCAAAGUAUUUCUUUGGGAGUAACAGUGCUGGAUUCCUGUUGACGUUGGUUGUCCUCAAUGUUAUCAAAGAGGUAUUUCAGUUGUACAGCCAAGGACAGAGUUACUUUAAUUACCAAAGUCUUUUAGAGUGGUCUAUCUACGUGUUGACAUUCUGUCUCGUAAUACCAGUCAGUGAAGCCCGAUACGAAGAAUAUGUGUUAAGACAGAAAUGGCAAUGGCAGUGUGGUGCAUUGGCUAUCUUUCUGGCAUGGAUCAACCUCACCCUCUACGUUCGACAAACAUCAAGCCUCGGUAUCUACGUCAUCAUGUUUGAAGAUGUCCUUCUCAGUACUGUUCAAUUUCUUGCCGUCAUCUUGCUCUUCAUUGUGGCAUUCGCUUUGGCCUUCAACACCUUACUUUUAAAUCAGACUGAUUUCCAUUCCUUCGGGGAUGCCUUUCUUCGAACGUUUGCCAUGACGACAGGAGAGCUGGACUUUAGUCGGAUGUUUCACUCUCAGAACUACCUUGGGACUAAGAACGAGAGCCCAGUGGAAGACUACAUUCUGACUGCUGUCUUCUCAGACAUCAUUACCAGCAUCACCUUUGUUGUCUUUGUCAUCACGAUGCCCAUCAUUGCCAUGAACUUGUUGGUUGGUGUAGCCGUUGAGGACAUUCAUCGCAUUAGACAGAAGGCAACAUUCUAUUACAUGAAGUUAAAGGUGGAUCGUGUGAUAUCAGGAGAGAAUAUGGCUUUUGGUACCCCAUUACGUAAAUACGUCAUAAGAUGGCUUCCUAUCACGGUUCAGUCAAUGAACAUGCGACUUUCACGUCAAUCCAGAGCAGCAAGGUUUCGAUCUUGGUUUACUUCUGUCUUCGAUUUUGAAAAGCUUCGAGAAAGCGUUCGAGAGGUCUGUUUGAAGAACCAGGAGAGAAAAGAACUUCGCGCAAAGAGUUCAUCUAGCAGUCAGGAUGACCAGACCGAUGGUGGAACUGACCAAACCGUACUUCAAAAGCUACGUCAAAUGCGAGACGAAAUCAAUGGAAUGAUAGGUCAAAUUGAACAUAGUACUGUAUAAAGGUAUAGGAAAAGUAAACAGAAACAGCGAGCGGAAUUGUGUAUGUCUAUGCUAAAUAUUGAUUCUCCAGAUCUUUCUCGAGUUUUCACUCCCUUUUAGUUGUUCAAUCUCGAAUUUUACGUGGGAGAAACAAGUCUAGAACUCAAGGUAAUGAAAGAGGAUGGUGCACUGAUCUGACACUUUGUCAUUUUGGUAACUACCAUGAUAACAGGGAAAGCUGUCAGUGGUACGUAGUAUAAUGGCGAACUUACCUCUCAUUGGGCCCUAAGCUACAGUACUACCUUGUUCUAUAAGACAUGGCCUGACCACUGGCCCACUAAUGCUCACUUUCUCACCCCUCCAAAAAUACCCACGAAUUGUUUUCAGACGCGCCAUUUUGUUUCAUAUUUUAAAAGAGAAAACACAAUUCGGUCAAAGUAGAUGAGUCACUGACCAGUUCAUGCAGUGCAAAUAUCGAUAAUGCAAAACGUCCCGAAGCUUAGCUUCAUUACUUUUCUAUCAUGUUUUCGUCACCUUUUUUCCUGCGUAAAACUCUUUAUAUUGGAAUAGGCUUUAAUCCGAAUUUUUAGUUUGGAAUCACAAUUCAAUCUACCUUGAUUUAGAUGGAGCGAGUGCAAGAAAAUUAUCGUAUUUCUUGAAAUGAACAAUAUGAAUGACUUUUUUAAAUCUUUUAUGUAGGCCUAUAUUAUACCGCUUACAUAACCAAGAUCGCUCCGACCAUCUUAUUAUGCAUUAUACAUGUUAUGUAGUAGUCGAAACUAUGUUUAGAUUCAAUAUUUUAUUAGCCUGCAUUUCCGUAAUUUCUUUUCCUUGUAAUUCUUAUCAUUUUUUUUUAUCAAAAAUGAUAACGAUCACCAAAGAUCUUAUAAAGGCAAUCGUCGAGAGAGGAUAGAAUAUGUUCAAGGUGUUAUAUUUCUUACUAAAACAAUAUGAAUACCUUGUUGGAAAUUCUAUUGUGUAUUUGAUCAUCAAAAUGGCUGAAUCUGCUUGUUUUCUUAAUUGUGUUGCGCUUUCUUUCCUUUGUGACAACACAACAAUUCCUUAUACGAUUAUGCAUAAAAAACAAUCAGAUUUAGAAGAUGGAUGGCACAUGUGUGUGUGUGUGGGUGGGGGGGCAUAAUGCUUUCAUUUAUCCACAAACUCUUGAACUUUUUGUUUAGCUUGCCGUACGACAUAGGAGUAACAGCGAGAUUUUUUUUGGAUGUUACAAGCGUACUAUAAUAUUUCAGACAAAUCAUUACGAUCUUACGAUCACGGUUUGGUACGGAAAUGAAAACGGGACAAUGUUUUCGUAAAGCACAAGUGAUUAGUUAUAUUAUAUCUAGAUGAGAUGUUAUAUAAAAAAUGUCAUUUUUGGCAGAUUGUUUUCCGAUGAUUGAAUUGAUUUGAAAUAAAUAAAAUAAUGCAGAAAUCAAUCAUGUGUACGUAUGUAUUUCAUUUCAUUUCAAGAACAGGACGAUAACAAAAUCCAGAAUGCAUUUGAAUCAUUUAUAGAACAUAACUGGUUAAUCAUUUUAUUCUUACAUUUUCUUUUCGUGACAGAAACAACAAAUAUAUUAAACCGCUCAAUAUCAAACAGAAAAAAGUCAAUCGUUAUAAAAGAGGGCAAAAUAAAUGAAAUAAAUUCAUUUAAAAAUAAGAAAUAAUAUAGAAGAUAAUUUUCCAGUAGAGCCUACUUGCAUUUCUAAUAGGACUGAAGCAUUCAAAGGGUUGUGAUAUGACGUGUUAAACAUAGGUAACAUUAUAAUCAUACAAGACUUUUAAUCAAAAGACAGUCAAAACAGCUCAUUGGUCAAAGCGUUGCAUGUAACACUUGAUACAAGAGGCGUGAUUAACUUGGCAGACACUUUAAAAUAUGACCUUCACUCUUCUAAUGACUAUUUUUUCAAUUUUCAUCAUAAAAUCUAAUCCAGUUAGAUUGCUAAAUCGACAGAAAAACUGGUGAAUAAAUGGAAUUAUGAGUAUACUCCCACAGGCCUACGUGAGGUCUAUGGUAUUUGCAGCUCGUUCAGUUGAUAAUUGGUGUAAUAUAAUUUCAAAGCAAACACACUGAAUACAAAGGUGCAUGAUAAUCUAAGCAUCCACCCUUGUCUCUUUCUUCAAUAAGUAUUGCAAACCUUUGGACUCAAAUACAUGGCUUAUCAAAUAUGAUACUUCAUGUGCAAACAAAAAAUCUGACGAAAUUACUGCUUUACCACAUUUAUCCAGUAUUUUGCAAACUGUUUGAAUAUUAUAGUGAUACAUAAAUCUGCCAUUUUUCUGUUAAAUCAAACAUGCUUAAAGUGGUCAUCCAUGGUGAAAAUAAUAUGAUUCGAAAAAAGUAAGACAUCAAACAAUAUAAUAAAAGAUUGAUCUAAAUCGGACAAGAAUAACAAAGUUAUGACAUGUUAAAUAUUUGAAUUAUUUCGGUGAAACGGUUCUAUGGAUGCAUUAAUAUUCAAUGAGCAAAUUGAUGUCAUAUCCCCAACUCCGUCUUUUAUAAUUGUUUUGUCCUCCAAGAAUUAUAGAAAUUUUAUUCAACAACUUACUGACUGCAUUUGAUUUUCGUUACUGGAAAUUAUUAUAUUACAAGGGGGCCACAAUCAUACAAACAUGUGUAAAAUGGUACAAUUACGAUUUCAGGGAAUACCGUAAGGAAUUUGAAAGAGGGGACAUGGCAUCAAUUUACCCAAUGAAUAUUCAUGGCAAUGUGCAUAAUAACUGUUU